AUCAGCCGAUGUAAAUAGACCAUUUUUCCUGGAACAGACUAGACACUAGACAUAGAUCUAGGUCUAUAAUCUAGAUCUAGCUAGAGUCUAUAAUAGUAUACUUAGUUAUACUAUAAAAAUAACUGUAACACUAAAGUCACUAACAGACUCACUAACUAGAUCUAUACUCUAUAGAGUAUAGUUAUAGUUAUAAAUAGUAUAAAUAACUAUUAUAAGUUAACUUAUAUUAGGUCAAUAUUAGAAUAUGCAUCCUCUGUUUGGGAUCCCUCAACUCAAGAAAACAAAGAAACUAGAGAAAUACAAAAUAGAGAAGUAAGAAUAGAGACUAGUUCUUGUUCGUUGACACUUACUUCACUCAGUACUGGUUAGCACUUUGAUUGUACUAGCUAUCUAAAUGAUGAUUUCAUGACCUUUGUCCAGUGACUAUAGUCCCUUCAAAUUCAGAUAAACACAGAUGGAUUUUGAGAUGGAAAAUGUGUCCUCAGAAUCAAACAGUCAAGAUGAUUUUAAUGAUUAUUGUGAUUAUGAAGGAAAGUCUUCCAGUGAAAAACAACCAGAUGAAAAUUCCUUACAGUCAGAGAAAAAGAGAAAUUACAAGCGUGAAAAAGGACCACCCAUUAUUUGUCUUACAUGUAAAAAAGUAUGGACAAAAAAUUGUAAAGGUGGCCGACUGUUUAUGUUUGGUGGAAGUAGACCUUUCAUGGCCAAGUUUGAGGCCAAGUGCAUAGCAUUAAUGGGUAAAGAAGCAUUGACAGCCCUGCAAAAUAAAUCUGCAACCAAAUUUGGCCGAAGCUAUAUAUGCAGAGAAUGUUAUUUAGUUUUGAGGCAGACAUAUGAUAAUGUUAGAAAAAUUCAACGGGAUGUUGCGAGAUCAAUUCAGAGAAUGAGAUCUCCAUCUGGACCCAAAAGGGAAUCAAUCACUGAGUCAGACAACUCAGGCUCUGAUCAAGAUCUUGAAAUGGAUUGCCUAGCUCAGGUUCAUAAUAAGAAAAAGCUACCUCCUGUGGCAGAGAGAAUUGCAGAGAAAAUAGCAUCUUUGACUCUUGUUAAAAUCAACAACAAAACUCCAAGAAUAUGUCUGAAACCAAUUACAGCAAAAUCAGCUGAACACAAAAAUGAAGCUGUUAGUCAGAGCAAUUCAGAGUUUGUAAACACCUUUCAGAGUAACUGUACUGACAGUGAUCUGAACAAGAAAACUGCACAAGAAAAGGAUUCUGAAAUUAAUCUAACAGUAUUGAACAGAGAAAUGUGUCUGAAAUCUGUUUCUUUGACAGAUGUUGAUCAUAGUCUACAAUCUAAAUCUCGGGAUAUUAAUAAAAACAAUGAUUGUAAUAUCAGUACAUCUGUAACACUUACAGAGUCUUUAUCAAGUGACAGUUGUAGUAAUCUUUCUAAUGUAAAUCCACAAAAUGAAUUAGAUAGUAAAGUUAGAUUUCAACAAAAUCAGGAUCUGGAAGAAUCCACUGACAAAGAGUAUCCUACAAACAAACCUUCACAAGUUGAUCUAGCGGAGAUUUUAGCUAAUCCUCUACUCUUGAUUAAAACACCUCAACCAAUUAAGCUAGCCGAUAUCAAGAAUAAGCAAGUCUAUGUAUGUGGUGAAGGCAAUUGUGAUUGGAUAUUUAGCUCUCGCUUUUACUGGGAGAAUCAUGUGAGACAUUAUCACAGAUCUGGGCGACCUUUCAUAUGCCCUUUUGAAGGAUGUGGUAGAAGCUUCGCAGGUAGAAGUAAACUAGAACUUCAUAUAAGAUCUCAUACAGACGAGCGCCCUUUUAUUUGUGAUAAAUGUGGGAAUGGGUUCCGUGGUAACCAAGAACUCAAAGCCCACCGACUGACUCACACAACCGAAAAACCUCACCAGUGUCUUAAAUGUGAUAAAACCUUCAAACUUCUAAGUAGCCUUAAGCGUCACCUUCAGUUCCAUGAUGGAGGAAAUUUCCCAUUUCCCUGUACAUAUCCUGAAUGUGAAAAAGCUUUCAAGAAUAAAUAUGACCUGAAGUGUCAUAACAGGUUGCACACUGGGGAGAAGCCUUAUAAAUGUAAGGAGCCAGGGUGCGGCAUGGCUUUUAGAAUUCCUUGUCAAUUCACUAUGCACAAGCGUUCACAUACAGGUGAACGUCCAUUCCGAUGUAAUAUAGAUGGUUGUUCAGCUGCUUACAUUUCUUCAAAUGCUCUUCAAGCUCACAUGGUCAGCCAUACAACAGAAAGACCUUUUUGUUGUGAAUUUUGCGGCAAGACAUUCAAGCAUAAAAUGUUGCAUCGCAUACACUUAAAAAAACAUUCUGGACUUCAGAAUUUUUUAUGUCCAGUAGAAGGCUGCAGUGAAAACCUUAAUGAUCGCAAGUCUUUAAAUCAACACAUGGCCAGCCAACAUGGAAUGCAGGAUUACAAGUCAGCCCCUAAAAAAGUUUUUCAAUGCACAGAAGAAGGCUGUGGGCUUGUUUAUAGCACAGACGGAGGCCUUCGCUAUCAUAAACUCAGGGUUCAUAACAAAGGGAGUAAAGUCUUAGAGGAGGACCACAGACAGAUGAGUUGUCCCUACGACAAGUGUGCAAGGGUAUAUGAAGAUGCAAUCAGUCUUCAUGAUCACCUUAUAAAGGCUCACAUGCCUAUUCCUCGUGAAAAAAUGUGUCCAUGUUGUGGUCAAGCUUACCCUCUUAAAGAUCAAUUAGAGGUUCAUAUAAACAGCGCCCAUAAUGGAAGUCCAACAGUUAAUGAACAAACGAAAGGUUUCCAUGUGUGUCAUUCUGAGAGAUGUGGUCUGAGGUUUCACAAACCAGAAGAGUUGACUCAUCAUGUCACCUGGCAUUUAGGCAACCCACCCUACAGAUGUGAAUAUGAUGAGUGUAAUCGCACCUUUCUCUUAGAGACUAUGCUUAAUCAGCACAUGACGGAGCAUGAAAACCAGAAAAAUUUCACCUGCAGCUUUGAUAGCUGCACAGAAGGCUUUACAACUAAUUUGAAAGUACUGAAGCACUCCAAGUUCCAUUAUGGAUUAUUUAGAUGCCCUAUUGAUGGCUGUAACAAGGCAAUGCAGACAUUAGGCACUGCUCGAAUGCAUCUUCUCCGCCAUGAAAAGCCAUUUGUAUGUUUUGUCUGUGCUAAAAGAUUUGCUCUACACCAUCAAUGGAGUAAACACAAAAGGUCUCACACAGGUGAAAAAGUGUUUGAAUGUAAAAUCUGCUGCAGUCAAUUCCUAGACCCAGCUAGUCUGAAGUCUCACAAACAGAGUCACAAGGGAGAGAAGCAGUUUAUCUGUGAGGAAUGUGGCCAGCAGUUGGCUAGUCUAACUCUUUACAAGACUCACAUCAGAACUCAUUCUACUGAACUUCCAUAUGUGUGUUCAGAAGAGAACUGCAAGAAAGAUUUUCGAGACAUUGUAUCACUCAAGGCUCAUCAAAAUACUCAUUUAAAACCUUGUCACUUAUGUACCCAGUGUGGGAAAGUGUACAAGUUUAGUGUCAGCAAACAUAAGUGUAAAAUAGACUUCACAGAGUCUAAGACAAGUUACCUGCAACAGAUCAAGCAAGAAGUUUUAUCUGUACAGCCACUACAGUCUACAAUUCCACCCAUUGCCAAUCAGAGCUCAGUACAUCAGCCACCACAACUCCAGUUGUCUGACUCAGUAGCCUCAAUGACGACCCAGUCAUCGGCUCAGACUUUAUCCCUGCCUUUGACCUUACAACAAUUACCUAGUGUUCAAACAGUGCCACCCCAGCAACCCCACCCUCAACAGUUCAAUAUGAAUAACUUAGCUUUGAUGCCAGAAAAUCAUCCCCAGUCCUAUACCAUGGAAGUAGAGGAAGCAGCUAGAGCCAUGAGACAAAACUUUAAUGCACCAGAGACUGUAGUUCUACAAGAUACUUCCCAUUAUAAUUACAUCAUUCUUUAUGACAGACCAGCGCAACAGUGAGCUCUGGCAUACGGCAGGUGAUUAAAAGUAAUAUUUUAAUUUUGAGACCUAAAGAUCUUUAACUCAUUCCAUACGUUAGAUUUUGUCAAUGCAAAGGAGCCAAAAAAAAUUGGCUGAAAAAUUUUCUAGUGAUAGUAUUGCAUGUUCUUAUAUAGAAUCAUUUUUUUAGUUUCUAUAUAUAUAGAAUUAGGCGAUGCAGCCUUUCCUCAGUCUUGAUUGGUAUUUGAUGGUAGGCACUUUUGAGGUCUAGAGUACUAAAAACGGAAUAGUUUGAUAUCCGUUCUACCAGUUCAUCAACUCGGGGCAUUGGGUAUGCAUCCAGUAAGGUGAAGCGAUUUAUUGUUUGACUGUAAUCAAUGACCAUCCUUCUUUUAUGUCUCUCGUUUGUUGUCACAAGCACCUGUGCUCUCCAGGAAGACUUUGAAGGUUCAAUGAUUUUGUCCGAGAGGAGUUUUCUAACUUCGGACUCAAUAAAUUUGUUAUCACCUAUUGAGUGCUUUCGGGACUUAGUAGCCACCGGUCUGCAGUCAGAAGUUAGAUUACUGAAUAGGCUCGGUGUUUCAACUCGUGCUGCUUUAAGACCACAGAUGUGUAGAGGAUUGCGUUUUCCUCCGUACGGUAUGGUCAAUUCCUUAUGAAGACUUAUAAAGUCUACACCAAGGAUUACAUCCGAGCACAAUCCAGCAAGUAGAGAAAGUUUGACCUUUUUGUAGUGUUCUCCCUUGUACUGGACAUCGGCAAAUGUAUGUCCUAAUGUCUUUUCAGAAAGAUGUGUAGUGGCCAUGAAUAUUCUGUUUGUAGACGGACGUACUGGCCAUUUAUUUCUCUUGACGAUGGCUUCUGAUAUGUAACUUUCGCAGCUGCUAGUGUCUAUGAGAGCUUGCAACAGCAACCCAUUGACGUUCACUUGUGCCAUAGACUGUGUAAGCCCAGAGAAAUGCGUUGAUGACAAGGUACAUGGAGUUAUCACACUGGUCAGUGAUAUUUUGCUGUCAGCUUUGUUGGCUGUUGUUUUACUUAUCUUAUCUUAUCUUAUAUAAUACAGACGUUACUUCAAAAAAGAAGAUGAUUACGUCCUACGCGUCAUGCAUUUAGUCAUGCAUAUUAACCAAUGACUUAAAUUCUGCCAAGUCACUGGUUUUCCUGGCUAGCUCAGGCAACCCAUUCCAUGCUCUAAUAGCACUAGGGAAGAAGGAGUAUUUGUACAAAUUUGUCCUAGCAUAUGGGACAAGGAUUUACAAACAGUUUGGAAGUGUCCCUUUUUACCGCACUGAUGACAUAAUGCAUUUCGAGCAGGGCAUUCAGUCCUAGAGUGUCUCCUCCUACCACAAAAGUAGCAUAGCAACUUAAUGGCAUUUAAUUCCUGGUCUUCGUUAGAAAUGUAUGUUUCUAGAUGGGAGCUAGUUGGUGUUUUCAUUGCCCCACAGGAGAUUUCGUUCGUUGAAUUGUAAGCCUGAGCAUGCGUUGUGGCUGUUUCUAACACUCUAGCUUCGUCAAAAGCGCUUUGUAGAGUAAGAGAUGUCUUUUCCAGUAACCGCUGUCUAAUAGUGUUGGAUGCCAGACCAGUUAUGAAGGCGUCUCUAAUGCAAAUGUCUCUGUGCUGUUCAGCAGUUACUUCUUUAAAGUCACAGUCCCGGGCCAGGCUUCGCAACUUUAGCAUAAAGGACUCUACCGUUUGGCCCGGCUGCUGUUUACAUGUAGCAACCAAAUGUCUAGCAAAAAUGUCAUUCUUUACCUUAAUAUAAGUAGUCUUGAGUGUGUCUAUGGCCAUCGAAUAGGACGAUACAUCACUGAUGAGCAUAUAAACCGUAGCAGAUACGUGAUUCUUCAACAACUUUAGUUUAAAGUCUUCGUUUAUAUCCUUGAUGGACGAAAGAAAAUUCUGAAAUGUGUCAUACCAGUGAGUCCAUUUUUCUGAGGCCAGAGGAGCAUUAGGAUCAAUGUCCAACUCUUUCGGUCUGAGUAAUUUAUCCAUUGUAAAUUAAGGAAUCCAACACUAAUCCAGAUACAUAAUUUUGUCGAAUAAAUUGUAAUGAAAUGAUAACGACUAGAAUACCAAUAACAUGGCUUUAUUCGACAAAAUUAGACUACAGUAAACAGUGAAUGAAACCAGCACGUCUAGCAUACCAUUGAUGCAGUCUAUACACACACACACACUGGACAUGAAACACACACAAUGGCCAUGACCUUCAGACACGCUGGACGCACGCAGAAAAUCAACUCAGUUACACUACAGUAGCAUAUCAAUGUUUUUGUCAUUGAAUGAGGAAUGUUCUACUGUAAACAUUAAUAAGAUAAUUACAAAAAUAAAAAAGUUAUACUUUAAGUACAACACUGUGGAAAAAAUAUUUUAAAAAAGAAAAUAAAGCUCAACUUAUGGUUAUGGAAAUCCAUAAAUAUUAAUUCUAAUAAGCUGAUUUGUACGUAAUUUAUACCAAAAUAUGUUUGUAAGAAAGUAGGAAAGUUUCAUUGAAAUUGCACAAGAAAUAAAAAAGUUCUAAAUUUUUUGGUCCACACACCUGAAAUUUUUUUUUUUACACAUUUUCUAUGGGAAACUGAACUUUUUACACUAUAAACACAAAAUGAAAGAAAAACAUUGUUCAAUAGCCAACAAAGUUAUUGCGCUUCAUGAAAGGAUUUGAAGCAUCCUUGAUAUCUAUAUCUAUUCCAAUUUUUAUCAGCACUGCCAUAAUGUUGUCCAACACAGUAUCGCUUUCUUGGUGGGUUGUUGGGUUGGUAUUUUUUUCCUUGCGAAUGAAUUGAUAGAAUUUAUCAAAUUAUCUUUUAUUUUGUCAUCAAAGAUUGCAUAAAAAAAUCAAGAGGAGAAGAUUGAUCAGUUAAAAGUAGAUCAGGACAAACUCCAGGCAUUUUCAGAGUGUGAAAUCUGAAAUUAUGUUCAGUAGUUCCAGAUGUAACAUGGUCCCAUUCAGGAUCUGCUGAGUCAGAAGUGACAGAAGAAUUAGAUGUACUAGACGACCUAGUUGUAGUGCUGGUAUCAACAGACUGAAGACUAGUAGAUCUAGAACAUUUACCUUUCGCUUUAGUUGAUGUUGAUGAACAUGUUGAUGAACAUGAAGCAGUUUUUUUCACAAUUGUUGGCUGAGGGCGAGGUCUGGUUGGUGGUUCAUAAUCUUCAUCACUGUCAGUGUCAUCAAAUAUAAGUUGUGGGUCCUUAUCAGAAUCUUCAUCAUAAAUAGGUCUAGGUCUACUAGAACUACUUCUGCUAAACCUAAAGCAGGAUCCUUCAUUUUUUUGCUAGGCUUAGACUGAGAGGCACAGUCUUGAAGACUAUCAAGUUCUAGAUCUAGAAAAAGAAUAUCACUUUUAGAUCUAAAUCUACUAUCACUAGAUUCUAGAUCUAUCAUCAUCAGAAUCAAAUAGAAUCAUCUGACUGGCUUCUUCAGCCGUUAUACUCUGUAUUUAUUAUUCUUAAGUCUAGAGCUAUCACUGGAAGAAGCCAUUGAAUCAGUUGUUUUUUGUUGUCACAAAUUUUUGUGUCAAAAACAGUAACACAGCGUGGUAAAAUGUCUAAAACAAAAUCAAAAGCUGCGCUAUAAUUAAACCAAAACAACAUAAAGGAACUUAAACCUCUUCUGAAUAGAAAUAAUGAAAAGUAUUUAAAUAAAAGUGCUUUAAAAAGUAGAAAUACUCAUUAAAAGAAACAAUAUAUGCUUGGCGCAGCCUGCGUCGAUACGUAGUCUAGCGAAAUCGCGUUGGCACACUGUGCUGUGAUACGUAUUGAAUGAGUUAAGCCAUGUGAAGUAAAGUCCACAUUUUUUUUUUUUUUUUUUUUUUUAAUUGAGGUCAAGACAUCCAAAUAUUUUGACUCUUUAACAGACAUACAGUAGGCUAUCAUUAAAUGACUUGCAUCCAGAGUAAAAAUACAUGUUUAUCCAUUAGAAAUGGAUUUCCAAGUCUGCUUGUUAACCGUUGGCCAUAGGAACAGAUGACCUUAUCAUCAUCUGCCCCAUAGAUAGCAAGAUCUGAAUGGUUUCGAAUCUCGGUGAACUCUGGGAUUUUGAAUUUUGGGAUUUUUAGGGUGCCCCUGAGUCCACCCAAUUCUAAUGGGGACCUGACAUUACUUGGGAAAAGUAAAGGCAGUUGGUUUUUUGUGCUGGCCACAUAAGGGGAGGAGGACCACCUGAUGCUAUUUUUUUUAUUUUUUAACCAAAUGCAUUCAUAUUUGGUAUACAUAUAUAUGGAGUUAAUCUAAUGUAAAAAAUGUAAAAAAAAAUCUUUAAAAAAUUUUGGUUGCCAUGGAAAUGCCGCCAUAUUGGAUUUUUUAAGGUAACUUUAAGCCGAAUCUACUCCUAAAGUAAUUGUUGAAAAUGAAUUAAAUAGCUUGAAUUCAAUACUUAAACAAUGUAUCUAGAAAGUUAUAGACUUAGAAAUUGAAUAAAUCUUUUUACUUUUUAAAUAUUUUUAUUCGAACUUAUGAUAUGUUUUUUUCUAUAAAAAAUCACAAUUUUGGAGACAAAAUGUUGAAAAUUUAAAAAUGAAGACAGAAAUUGAAAAACUGGCUCUAUAUAAUGGAACUACAUUAUGUUGUUAACAUAUAUUCCAAAUUUCAUAAGAAUCCAUCAAUAAAUAAAAAAGUAGAUACAAAUUGAAGAAGGUGACCGAAGCAAAAAUGUGAUUAUCGAGAAAAACACCUAAAAAGAAGCAAGUCUUUUUAAAAUGAUUUAAACAGUAUUCUCCAUAGGUAGGGCCAAUUUUUUCAAUUAAUUUUAUUUCCCUGCAAGCUUAAGCUGCUCUCCUUAAGUGACAUCUGUGUUAAAUAGCUUUAUUUCUCUUUUAUACUGAGUUUGACAGGGUUUUUUUUAGGUCCCAUUUUUUGCAAGUUGAUGACUAUGAAUAGUAAUGGAAACAUGCAAUCAUUUUUUAAUUCAUACAAAAAUCCAAAGCCAAAUUUCCAACAGAUCCAAGGACUGAAAAGUUUAUUCUUUUAAAUUAGAUACAUUUUGUUUUGCUUUAGUUACUUUUGGGUGAAUCGUCUCAUUUGCAUUCUGGGUGGCUCCAGAAAAGCGCCACUGUAAAGGUUUUGAUAUGACAACUGCCGAUACAAAUGUUCCAAGAGAUUAGCAAGUAAAUCAUAUUUUAAGAAAUGCUAACACAUUAAAUACUUUUACAGGAACUUUGUCCAGUGCGACAGCAAAGUUAAAAUAACACCAUGAAGAAACUCCGGUUGGGUGAUGUGGUUUGGUAGAAGAAAUCCAGUGGCGAAUAGUGGCUAAAAUGGCAUUUCUUAUUUUGUCCACAUGAUGAUAAUUUCUUAUAGCUAUUGCAUAGCAUGUAGAAAGUUUUUUUUGUAGCAUUCUUAGUUGAAUUACCAUAGCCUAGGUCACCUAGGCUGAUCUUAUCCUUACUUCAGAAUAAAACAUGGCUGUGGAAAGAACCAAGUAGUUCGAAACCUAUAAGGCCGACGAAUCGUUCUGUUUUACGACAAUACCUGGGCUCAGAUCUGUUAAUAAAACUCUCAAAAACAACCAAUGGAUUUCCAAGUCUGCUUGUUAACUGUUGCCCAUAGAAACAGAUGACCUUAACAUCAUCUGCCCCAUAGAUAGCAAGAUCUGAAAGGGAAACAACAACAAACAAUAAACAAAAUAAUGAAUAAAUUGUGACUUCAUAUUUCUAGGGAAAGGCAUUCAAACUCUCAUUUUGACAUCCUGACUAGUGCUUUCACAAAAUGACAACAACAAAGUAUGACAUAAUAUAUAAAAUAAUACAGGUCUUAGGACUGAUAUCUGCUUGGGGUCUUGACAACUUGACCACUCCUGUUUAUCUGGCAUUAAAAGAUCUUUAGAUGUAGGCCUGCAACUGUUUGUUUCUGUUUUUCAAAAGUUAGUAGUUUAUUGCGGUGUCCAGGGUUUCUCCACCAAAUUCAUGACGCCAUUUCAAGAGAAAAAUAUUUUUUUUCGCAUAGCACACAUAAUAAAUAAAUUAAACAAUGGGAAAAAAACAUAAAGUUAAUAAUUUAAUUAGCAAAGUCAGUUAUCUAAAGUGCAUUCAUACAUAAAAUUAAAAAAAGAAUAUUAAUAUGUUGCAUUUCAGGAGAACAAAAUUUGUUAAAUAGUAUAAAUGUAUGAAAUGAUAUGAGAAACAAUGAGAAAAAAAAAUAUUUAAAAUUAAAAAGUGUAUUAACAAACUCAGUUUAAGUUAACAAAAGUGCAUAAAACAAAAACAAAAAAAUUACAUUUCAGGAGUUGAGGAGUGGAAAAAAAACAUUUUUGUUCACAUAGUAUGAACUAAAUAAAUGAAACUUUUAAAAAAAAAAGGUACAAUGCAGAGCAAUCUAAUAUAGCAAAACAAAACUUAAGUCCCCCUAUUUCUUUAUCUUUAGCAUCUAUUUGGACAGAUAACUUCUUUUUUGUCUCUUGCCCUUCUUUUCUCAAGACAUUGGAUUCUAUGAUAUAUUUGUGACAUGCAGUGUUCUCAGCUUUUUCUGCCAACUUGUCAGCAGAUUUCAUCAAAGAAUUUAAAUCUUUUUAAAAGUGCAUUUUUUUGGCUUUAAAUUGUCCAGCUCCUCCUUUUUAAACCAUCCUUCUUCUUCUGUUUUGCUAUUUGGUCUAGAUAAUGUCUAUAGUUUUCUCUGGAUGCUUUUGCAGCCAUUAGCAUUUGUGUAGUAACAAUUAUAUUGUCAAUGCUGCCUGAAAAAUCAAUAAAGUCAGAUAUUGGCUAUCAGUGUUUUUUCUGCCAUGUUCAUACUCAUAACUUCUUUGUUAACACUGAAACCUCGCUCAACCUGAGUUUGGCCGUGGGAUAGCAUUAACAGAAGAUGAACAACUGUCCAAAGAUCUUUAUAUUCAGAUUGUCCGCCUAAAUAUUCUUUAAAAAAUACAUCUAGCCUUUGAAAGGAUGAGUCAAAAGACUGAAAAGCAACUGAGUUGUUUGAUAGAAUUUGAUUAUACCACUGUCUAUAUUGUGCUUUGAUGAUAUCACACUUAUUUUCAUCAAUUUGUCCUAAAGUUGACAAGCAAUUUAAUGUGUUUUCUAAUUGCUUUAGCCAGCUGACAUGGUCGGUAACAAAGGCUUUUGGUGGCAGCCAUGUCAUGCUCCUAACUAACUUAUAUUUGAUAAGAGAUUUUUCAAGCACUUUGGAUGCUGUUGUUUUGAAAAAGUCUGCACUGCAUCCUGAAUACUAAAAUGUCUUUAGGACUUGUUUUUUAAAUACCACUUAAGGACUUUUUAGCUUUGAAGCUAAUGUCCUUUACUGGAGCCAACAGUUUAGUACUGGAAAAAUCCAGCGUUGAAACAGAUAAAAUACCUCUGCGUGCACCUAGAACAUCCUCUGAUACCAAUCACUGUAAAAGUGAAACUAACAUGUUAAAAAUAUCUUCCGACAUGAAUGGUAGCAUUGGUCCAUCACAUUGAUAUUUUUGUAGGAAUGGUUCCAAUAUUCUGGCAAUGGAGAUAAAACACUCCAAUUUAGCAUCCAGCAGUUGGUCAGCCAGGCAGGAACGAAGAUGUUGGAAAGAUUUUGUCUCCAACGCUUUGUUGUUGGUUAAUUAAUGGUUAAUGAAGAUUUUAAUUUGAGGCCAAACUUUAAUAGCACGUUCAGCAACAGCAAUAGUUUCAACCCAACAGUGGGGACAGUGUUUGAGAGGGAAAUCUGUUGUUCCUGUAAUGGUCAUGAAAUCUUCUCUUCUGGAAGGUGCAUCUUUAAAUAGCCACCAUAACGAAUCGAAGAAGUACCAUAAGGAAAGGAAGAAGUGGCCCAGAUCCCAUGCAGUGUGUCCUGCACGAAAGGCAUUGUCAAUUGUGUGCAAACCACAGUUCCCAAUAUCAAUAUAUUUGUAAUUAGACUUGUUUUUGCAGGUCCUCACUUAAAAAAGUCUAUGAAGUGCCCUAUUGACAUUUGUCCAUCCAUUGAAAUUUGUAUAACUUUUGAGGCAUUCACACCAAGCUGCUGAUGUAAUUGCUCAAACAAAUUUUGUGCUGAAGCAUGCCCCAAUAAGGCAGAGUUGAAGUUUCUUGUUACAACCUAUAGAAGGAAAAAAAAGUGUAAUUGCAUUAAUAGUUUGAACUUGUUUUGAUUGUCAUGUAACACUAAAUCUAUUACAUACGAUUAAUAAAAUAAACAAUUUUAAGAUUGAGCUUAACAGAAGAAAGCAUAUAAAAAGUGCUUAUCAGAAUAACUAUAAAGAUAUAGCGAUUAUAAAAUUAAUCAAUGACUGUUUUAGAUUUCACAAAAAAAAUUACUUUAUCAGUUUCCCAAUAUUUCACAUGGACAUUUUGCUUCUUUAUUGGGACCACAAGAAAAGUUGUUUGCAAUAUUGCUGUCUGGAAACAUUUUAGAAAACAUUCCAUUAAUUUGUUGGCAACUGUUGAAAGAGUAAUUAGCAGAAACAAAUUUUAAACCCAUAGAAUCUCAGCAGUGAGAGUGUGUUCAUUUGUAACAUGAGCUACAAUAGAACUUUGGGAUGUAGACAAUAUUUGUGAGGCUCCUGUCACAAUAGAUGACUCUUUAUCCAAAGCCUUUUGUGUCUCAGGUGCCUGUAUCAAAGAUGAUUCAGAGGAAGAUUGUAGAUCUGCAGUUACAAGCUGGGCACUAGGCUUCACUGGUGUUGCUGUCUUAGUUUUAAAUACUGACGUCAGUAACAAACACUGUGAACCAACUUUCACGUUGUGCUGAUGUUUUGAAGAUUUCAUAUGAGAAGUUAAAGCUCUUUUACCCAUAUUUGAUAUAUCAAAACUUUUAGCUCAGAUUUUACAAAAGGCUUUUGUUGGCAUUGAUGACUUCCCUAGCCAAAAUUCAAAAUGUUCAUCUUUUAACCAAGCCAAAUUAAAUGAAGUUAAAUAUUUGGUCAUUUUUUAAAUCUAAAGUAUAAAUCCAAUAUUUCAAUAAAUCAGAUGUAGAUCUAGAGUCUAGCUCUACUAAAAGUAGAUCUAGUUUUGUAAAUGAUGAUAAAUGGUGUAAUGUUGAAGAAUGCGAAUGUCGUGGAAUGCUGGGUUCUUGCUUCCUGGAGUACUCUUGACACGUGACAUUUAUAUACACUACAAACUGACUUAAGUCCGUUUCAGCAGACAAAUAUAAAGUUUAUUUUACAACAUAAUAAUACUGCACAUCUUGUUAGUGCUAGAAGUCAAGAAGUAAUAAACAAUCCUAUCCGCAUAACAGCAGUAUCAAAUAUAUCCAAUACGUUAAACUCUCUAGAGUAUAUUACUAAUCACGUCUGCAUCUCAGCGGGUAACACUGUACAGAAUAAUCCAGAAUAAUAAUAUAUGACUCAAAAAGAACACUGACAUCAACUGCCUAAAAGAUACUUCCUAACUGUAAAUACUGCUAGACUUUUCUAAGUCGCUACUGUCCGUCCCGGACCAAAAAUAUAUUACUUGACCACCCGGUCUAAAGGAUACCAGUUGAUUUCACUUACUGACUUGACUGAACUCAAAGUCAACUUUAUUCAUUCACCUUCCUGUUUUCUACAUCAGGAAUUCCACGUGUCUUUUAAACUCAACAUUAAAUCGGGCAAUGUCAACUGAGACUGUGACAAGUAUCCAAUUGAAUUCUAAGACCAAGUACUGAAGUAGAUAAGAUCUAGAAUAUACAUUUAAAUCUACAUCUUAUCAUAUUUAAAUUUGUAUUUAGGUCUAUAAAUAGCAGACACAAGCACUACGAAGACAAAAUUCAAGUAAUCCAAAUCCAAUGAUUUUGAGAAAAAUAAUAAUUUAUAAGUCCAAAGCUCCAAGUUUGAAUAGUUUCUGAUGACUCAAACUCUAUCAUAGACAAUCUUGUAGAUCUAACUACUAUAUGUAGAUCUAUAGUCUAUAAUACUUGUAUCUCUAGAAUUCUAUUGUAGAUCAAACAUGUCACACAGGUAAAAUAAAUUUCAAAAAUAAUAAUUUAAACAUUGAAGGCUGAUUAUGAUCACACAAGAAAGAACAGGCAAUAGAGCUAGCUCAACUGCUUUAGACUGUGUCGGUCUAAUAAAUAAGCAUGGAGCCUCAUUUACGGUGACAGGAAGUGAAUUGAAAAAUAAACGAGUGCGCAGAAUCAUGACAUACAUUUUUAUUCGCCCUUUUUCUCUGGCUUUUUUUUUCGUAGCCGAAAUCACUGAGUAUUUUUUUUUUUCAAUUUCAGGAGAUUUUUUUGUAGUUUCAUGAGAUUUCCAGGAUAUUUUCGUAUAUUUUGCAGUUUCAGGAGUUUUCCAGGAGCUCCUGGGAAAUCAGGAGGCUGCGGGAACCCUGUGUGUCAUAUUACCCAGUGAUGUCUUCUUUGAAACUCUCAUUUAAAAAUCUUAAUAUUUCAUCUGUAGAUUUUUCUUUUGUUGGUCUAAAUGAUAUACACGGAGUCUAUAUCUAGGUAUUCACAUGUAAUAUACAAGAAAGAUUUAUUAAAAUAAUUACAAUUUGUUAAUAGAGACAUAUAUAGAUACAUAUUUAUUCAUGUUGAAACAUAUAACCCUCUAGAUUCAAAGCGAAGUUGUGUGACAGGGGCUACACCAGCUGCAAACAAAUUUAAUUUUUUAAAGUUCUUUCUUACUGACUUUUUAAACGGUUUUUGUGCAGAUGGUGUGCCACUAAGUUUCACACAUUUCUCAGAGAGCCUAGAAGGUGCCUUUAUCUUUGGUCCCACAACCAACACAAUAGUCAUUAAAAAUAGCUCCUAGGUUUUGCUGUGUUUCCAUCAAAGUUGCAUCUAGAUGGUCAUCUGCUCCUAGGGUUGGCUGUUUUUCUAUUUCAUUUGUAAAUAGAGGGUCAUCUGCUCCUAGGGUUGGCUGUUUCUCUAUCUCUUUUGUAACUAGUGGGUUUUCAUCAAAGUUGCUGUCCAUAUAAGCUUUAGUCGUUUUUUUUUUUAUUUUCCUGGCUGCUUUUUUGCCUUUACCUCUUCAUCUUUUUUUUUUCUUACUUCCUUUCAAUAAUUUGGUAGUCUCUUUUUUUCCAUUUCGUCUUUUUCAUCCACUUUCUCUUCAGUAGUUUUCGGAACUCUGCCCCACUGAUGAUUGGGGGGAUAGUUAAGGUUAUUUUCUUUUUUUCUUUUCCCUUCAUUGUAAAAGUUGGUAAUUUUAAAAUAUCAUCUUGUGUGACAAGUAGCUUAAAGUGGUGGGUCUGGUACUACUUGAAAAAUAUCAACUAUUAGUUUAAUUAGUGACUCAAGGUGAAUAUACUUUUCCUCAUGCAGAGUGUCAGGAAAUUUAUGUUUGUUCAUGUCAUCUAGUGAUAAACAUUAACAGUUCACUUUUUUGUCAUCUCCUCAAAAAUAAAAAAAAAAUUGGUCUUUGAGUGCAUCAAUUUGUUUGCAAGUUAACUUCAAAGGGGUAGAGCUAGGGAUCUUCUGUGAAGCUUGGGGAAUAGAGGCUUGAGGUUGGAUUGAUGAAUCUUGUGGUGGUGAGCCAAAAUUGAUGGGCUGUCUGGUCUGUGACAGAAACUACGUUACGUGCGGAAAUAGUUCUUUCCUAUACAUCACAUGAUUUAAAUGCUUGUAGGGUAACAUUUGAAGGGUUUAACUGAAUGUCAAUACCUACUGAAUUUCAUGUUUGUUCUGAUAAUGACUUUUGGGUUGUGCUCCACAGUUUAUUUUUAAUUUGAAUUGCUUUUCCCAUUAUAUUGAUUUCCAAACUUUGUUAAUACUAAUUGCCUGGAAUCUCAACUCAUUUUCUUGGUUUUCUUUAAAUUUAUCUGCUAGUGAAUCUACAGCCUUGAAAUGUUUUGAACAACGUGUUGCAAAUGAUUUAUCUUUUUACAUUUUUUGACAAGUUUUCCCAUAUGAUGGGAAAUUGUGUUUCCUGUGAGAUCUACCACAAGAUCUGCAAUCUCUAAUGAUAUGUGUUAAAUGACUUCAACAUUUUGUCCUCUGAUCUUUUGACUUACAGUUUUAUCUUGGCUUCAUAUACCUAUAGUCCUUUUAAACCUUGCAAUUGGUUUUGCAUGUGCUCGUCAGCAUAAAUUAUUUUUGCUAUUUUUUCUUAAGUUAAAUCUACAUCUCUUCAGAGUCUAUCUCUCACUGAUCAGGCAGUAUGCCAAAUACUAAUGGAUCUUAAAUAGUUCACCAUGAAGGUUGUCAAACUUGCAAUUUAAUUCAACACACAGCUUGGGCUGGAAACUCUCUGAACAAGGAAUCCAUGUCCAGUUUUGAAUAAUGCACUGGUGUGUUCCAUAAACACUGGUGCAGGAGAAGAGUUGUAAGACAACCCCUUGCUUAAUCUGUUUGUCCCAAACAGAGACAUGUUUGUUGAUAGAGGUUGAUUUGUGGAAGCUAGAGAUGGCUGGAACUCCAUUUUUAAAUUUGUAUUUUCUGAGUCUCAUUUGAUCUUUCAGUUUAUCAUUUUUUACAUUUGAACUCCUCUUUCUGAGUCUCAUUUGAUCUUUCAGUUUAUCAUUUUUACAUUUGAACUCCUCUUUCAUCAACUCCAGUUUAUCAACCUCCUUGGUUGCCUCAGAUACACAGAUUAUAGAAGGAAAUAUUUUAACACAACCUCAAAACACUUAGACACACUGCUUGACCAUGUUGGGAAAUAGCUGAAAGAAAUAAUCUGUGUUAAUUUUGGAAAAAAUAUAUAUAGUUAGACCAGAUUAAUAAAUACAACUAGAAUCUUUAAUAUUUGAACUAAAUAUAAGCAGAUUUUAAUACUUGAAUUAUAAUUUAUAUAACUUCUGUGUUUACUGAGUAGAGAAAUAUAACCCUUGAAAGAUUAAAUGGCAUGAUAUGGCCCACAGUGUGCAGAUGUGCCAAAUAACAGUAACAUUAAUGCUCUUAUAGACCCUUGCUUAUAUAACAAUCAAGUUUGAUAAAAAUUAAUGUUGUUAUAUGAUGUUUCUUUUUGUUUGUAGAAUAAAAUAUAAGUGUAUUCUAGCCAUUGCAAUCAAUUUCUAUACUCAUUGUGCAGUAUGUACUUAUAAUUUAAAUUAUUGAAUGAAAUAUAAAUAUAAGUACAUUAUUUUUAGUACUAAUUAUUAUAUAAACUUUUAAAAUUGACUGCUAACGGGUGUUCUGCAAAAUGUUUUUAUGAAAUAUUUUUAAUACAAAGCAAUGUAUGUUGUAUGUAAAAAUGUUUGUCAAAUAAAAUAAUUUUUUUAAAACAA